AUGUCAAAGGCAACUACGAUUAAAGACGUGCUAAAAAAUUGGCAAGAAAAAAAUCAUGGUAUCAAAUUAGAGAACGCAAAAGAAGUGAACUUACAAUUUCAAUGGCCACCUAUUGAAAAAAUGGAUAACUCAUUUUCAGUCUUGCAAAAUUGCGAGAAACUUAGUUUAUCCACAAAUAUGAUUGAAAAAAUUUCGGGAAUUAGUAGUUUAAAAAAUUUAAAAAUAUUAUCCGUGCCCAGAAAUUAUAUUAAAUCAUUUGCAGGCCUGGAAAGUUUGGGAGAAACUUUGGAACAAUUAUGGAUAUCAUAUAAUUUAAUUGAAAAGACCCGUGGAAUUGAGAAUUUACAGAAAUUAAAAGUUUUAUACAUUAGCAAUAAUUUAAUUAAAGAAUGGAAGGAAUAUGAUCGUUUUGCCACUUGUCCCUUAUUAGAAGACUUAGUCUUUUCUGGAAAUCCAUUAUACGAAUCUAUAGAAUCUGAGAAAUAUGUAUUAGAGGCCAUACGACGAAUACCCACCUUAAAAAAGGUUGAAGGUGAGCCAGUGGUCGCACCAGACGAAGAUGUUUCUAUAUCAGAUGAACAACAAACCUAA